AUGGUUCGACUACUCGGUCGAUGUAUACCAAUAAUAUGUAUGCCAAGAAAAAAACGUCAAUCAUUACCAAUAUGUGAACAAGAAUUAGCGGGAACAAAACAUCAUCAAGAAGAAAUAAAUAAAUUAUUUGUAAGACGCGUUGAAAGUAUCCGUGUAACACAAAAAGGAGCAAUUUUUAAACGUUUUCCAUUACAAACAAUCAAUGAACGUCAUCAACAACAUAAAAAAACAAAAUCAAAAACAGCACUUAAUAAUAGUGGAAAAAUUGUUAAACCUGAUGAUACAGAAUUUGAUUGUGAAACACAUAUAUCUGAUCGACAAUCAAAUGAAAAAAAUCGUAUGAAAUUAAAGAAAAAACCAUCAUCUUCAAGUAAACAAAAAUCAAAAGAAAAUAAUUCACCUCAUUCACGUACACAUUUAGAAAAACUAUUUAAUAAAACAAAAAAAAUUAAAGAAUCAUCACCAACACCAUCCAGUAAUAUUAAUAUAACUGAAGAUAAUCAUGAUGAUACAACAAGUAGUAUAUCAUCAUCAAUGUCAUCUGAAUGGUCAACAUCAACAUAUCCAGAUACACAUAGUAGUGAAAAAAGUAAAGCUUUAAUUAAUUCAAAUCGACGUCGACAAUCAAUGCCUAUGCCAAAUUUAAUAAAUAAAAAUCAUGAAACCAAACAUAAAUCAUGUGUAGAAAGUUUUUCAUUGGAUAAAGAACAUCCACGACAAACGUCAACAUCAUUACGAACAAAUACAUCUUUACUAAAAAUUAAAGAUAAUAAAACUAAUAGUUCACCAUCACAACAAAAUAAACGAAAUGACAUAAAACCAUCAGCUAAAAGUAAACAAGUUUUACAAAAUGUACGAAAAAUGAUUAAUGAUCAAAGUAUACAAGAACAACAUUUUAAUGACACACGACAAAGAGAAUCUGUACGAUUAUGA